AUGACCACUAAGCUGCGAGCGUUUGCAGUCAAUGCUCCCGGGAAAGUGAUCUUGUUUGGUGAACAUUCGGCCGUUUACGGGAAAUCGGCAAUUGCUGCUGCGUUGAGUUUGAGAUGUUACCUACUAGUCUCACCUUCGAGUGAUGCCAACAUUAUACGAUUGAAGUUUCCAGACAUAGACUUGGACCAUUCAUGGGACCAGCGAGAGAUCCCCUGGAGCAGGAUAAAGGAGCGCCAGAAAUUUGAUUCUCGAGGACGACCCCAGAUACCGUCCGAGUUGGAGCCGGAAAUAGUCGACAGUUUGUCACCGUUGCUCGAGGGUAUUCUGAACAACAAGAUGCACCAUAUUGCGUGUUUUUGCUUCUUGUACUUGUAUGCGAGUCUUUGCUACAAUAUGCCUGAGGGAAACACAUUUGUUGUGAGAUCGACGUUGCCUAUCGGAGCUGGGUUGGGCUCCUCUGCAUCCACGGCCGUGUGCCUCUCCGCGGCGUUGGCGAAGCUCGGCAACUGGAUCGCUGACCCGCAAUUGUCCCAGACUGAUCUCGAGCCUGAAGGUGAUGAUGAGGGUAAUGACCACGAUUUGCACUUUAUCAACGAUUGGUCGCUCAUUGGCGAAAAAUGUUUCCAUGGGAACCCUUCUGGGAUCGAUAAUGCUGUUGCCACCUAUGGUGGAGCAGUUAUGUUUCAAAAAUCGUCUACACCGGGCCAGCCUGCCUCAAGAACCAACAUACGCAACUUGCCACCUAUAAAGCUUUUGCUUACAAAUACAAAAGUGCCCAAGAGCACAGCAGAACUCGUUGCGGGAGUCGGCGUGUUGAACAGGGAAUACCCGGCCAUUGUCACUCCCAUCCUCGAUGCCAUGGACAAGAUUGCGCGCAAAGCACACGACACGAUGGUGACUUCAAAGUUUGGGGACCACGAGGUGGCGAUUUUGCGUAAACUAGUGCACAUGAACCAUGGGUUGCUCGUGUCGUUAGGGGUCUCGCACCCGUCGUUGGAGACUGUGAAAAUUGUUGGCGACAAACACAAGCUUGGAGCAACAAAAUUGACCGGUGCUGGCGGUGGAGGAUGUGCCAUUACUUUGGUGGCCCCCAAUGUCGAGGAAGACCAAAUCAAGGAGGCUGUGCGUGAAUUUGAAGAAGCAGGAUUCGAAAGCUUUGAAACGUCGUUGGGUGUUAAAGGCGUUGGCAUGCUUUUUGCUACAAAUGUAAAAGAGACACAAGCAGAAACAGCACUCUCUUUGGAGCUGUUUUGCCUGUACAAGAGCCGGAACGAGAUUGAAAAUGCCCUCGCGAUUGAAAAUGUCCCUGGGUGGAAAUUUUGGUAA